AUGCUCACUGUGCCACUUGGAUCUUCUCUGCUCCCUAUUGAAGACGAGUUGAGACCACAAGCCAUAACUUCAUUUAAGCUGGUAUGUUUGCUACAGUAUCACAUGAGUGUAAAUGUAGUAGUUGUCUUUUACAUAGCAGUGCAAGGUUCCUCAAGCACAUUCAUGAUUACUUAUUUUUCUUCCUGCCCAAAAAUAUGCUAGGGUCCACAAACAUAAUAAUACCCAUCCUGACUUUGUGGAUGUCCACAUGGUAUUACUCUCAUUGUUUUCUACUCUUGGUUCAUCCUAGAUUUUAAGGUUCAUGGGUGACCCGUUCUUGGAUGGAGCCCAAGAAACAUUGUAUGGGAAUUAUGUCAUACAGAAAGGUUUGACAAACGUGGGCCUGAGAGAUGAAAUUUUAGCCCAAAUAGCCAACCAGGUGUGGAGGAACACCAAUCCUAACAAUGAGGAACGUGGCUGGUACCUCCUUGCCUCCUGUCUGAGCUCAUUUGCUCCAUCGCCUAACCUGGACAAGUACCUACUCAAGUGUGUAUUUUGCUAACCAACUGAAAUGUGUCAUUAUUUAUCUGUAAAUAUUGGUGAACAGAACACAGACCAGAGAACAGACUGUUUCAGGGAAUAUGACAUAAUUGGGUGGAAUACACUUCCAAAGAAAUCAAUUAAUUAAACAAGGAGGAAUCUCAAUGUGAUCCUGCCUAAAUAAUUAGUUGAUUUCCAAAGUAUAUAAAACUCUGUGCAUAUGGAAGGCCUUGUUGUGGAUGAGAAACGGAAGAAGAAACCUUUUACCGUUUCGGUUUAAGGAUAUUUCUAUGACAUUCUAAUCCUCUGCUCUCCAAGCUGGUCUAUGAUAGAAAGACACAAUAAAUGCCAGAGGCUACAUAUUGCCAAGUGGCGCCAGGCGACAGAGCAUCACUUAAACAACAGUUCAUUCAUAUUAUUCUGUGUAUUGUGGAGAUUAAAGAGCACGUGCAGUAUUUCUAUACAGUGUGAUUGAAUAGGAUACACAAUAACUACAAAGACUCCCAGAUUUAAUAUUUGUUCCUAACACAAUGGCUCUCAAGAAGCUAACAGGUGGUAGUAAAACAUAAAAGCAAAUUAUGAGUGUAUUGGCUGUGUACAAUGUAUGCAAUGCAUGGAAGCAGGCAAUUGCUCUGUUUUCUGAAAGGUAUAUAACUAUAAUACAAAUAGCACUCAGUAUCUUAAUGCAAACUUAAUCCGCUUACAUAUAUUCAGCAUACGUAUACACCAACUUUGUUGUUUAAAUGUACAAAUGAUAUGACUACAAAUACAGGUGGUCUCCAAAAACAUAAAAAUCUUCAAUCGCCACAAUUUAAGCCAUGUCGACACAUGUAAACAAAUGUAUAUAUGUUUAAAGGGACAGACUAUGCACCAUAACCACUACAUGCUGCCCUACGCAGGUUACUCACAGUUCCAGUACCCCUGUCUAACCACUGGGCCCUAGGCAGCUGCUUAGGGUCACCUUAUGGCUAAUUCUGCUCUGAUGCUGAUGUAGUGCUUAUAGUUCAAUUAGGCUGUGUGCUCUGUGCAUAAGCAGAUUCAUUCAGCCAAUAAAAUGCUUUAAAAUAUAGGCAAAAUUGAUUUUGCUAAUGCAGAAGUUGAAAUAAUGCCUUAACAUUAUCCCAAUUAAUGGCUAAGCCAGUCGAAAACAGUCUGAUCCAAAACCAGGGGACAGUACUUGCAGCGUAACUGCAGCAUGUAGUAAUUAUGGUGCCUAGACUGGUCCUAUACAUUUGUAGUGAUGGCUUCCACAGGAUAUUGCUUUUCAGUGGAUAAUGUAUGUAAACCAAGAAAAUAUAACCAGCUGGUAAAUAUAUAACAAAACCAUAUGCAGAUAUCUAUUUAGUAAAAUUGUUAUUGAUUACAUUACAGUGGAACAGAGUGUUCUGAAAUAGAAUAUUGAUCUCUCUCAGCUUACUUACCCUUUAGCAUAACUGGGGUCCUUUACACAGAGCUCCAGGACUGCCAGAGUGAACACAUAUUACAUGUCGAUGGACAGCAAGUGAAAAGAGCUGCCCUGCAGUGUGUAGAAUUCAAAUACUGUCUAAAGCUGUUUUGUUAUUUUAAUCUAUUCUUUUGAUGGUGUCCUUUUGGGUAGAAUAAGAUUGUGUAUAUAACUAUCUGAAGCUGUGUGUUAAUCCCAAUGUCUUUGUGUGCCCUGUGUACUCAUAACGUACCUUGUAUUGUGUCUAGGUACGUUUCUGACUAUGCCUACAACGGAUAUAAAUCUGUGUGCCAACACAAGCUUAUUCAGGCAAUACAAAAAUCACAACAAGGGUCAGAGACUGCUAGGACAUUCCCUCCUUGCCUGUUGGAGUGGACGGCAAGCAGAGAGAGAGCUAACAUGGCACUCGACAUCCAUUGCUUUGACGGUAUGUUUGUGCAAAGAGUUUUAGUUGAUAUGUAAAUAUGUUCCUUAUAGUACCUCAGUUAUUGGCUCUGGGGCAGAGUCAUGGCAGCCACACAGCUCUCAUUAGCUGAGCUGCGUACAUACAUUGAGUACUUCUACUCAGGAAGAGAUUUUGUGAAAAGUGUGUGUGUGGUUAAGGGGGUGGAGUUAUGCUGCAAAAAACUUAACAUAGCUGGUUACAAUGUGGAAAAAAAAUGGAGCAUGUAUACAAGGCCAAAAUCUAUCAAUUGCUCUAAGGAGUGUACCUUUAAUGACCUACUAACAAUAUGUAGAACAAGAUCGUAUUUCUAAACCCAUUUAUUGUAGAUUACACAUGCAUUACUGUGGUUUUUAAUGCUGAAAAGCUCUGUUUUACACUCAGACAAUUCAAUUAAUGUUGAGUUUAUGGAAAAGAGGGACAUUAGGAUAGAAAAGAUGGACAAGGACAUUAGAGACUAAAAUAGGGAAUAUCCCUCCUAAAUAGGGACACUUUGUAGGUGUGAUUUUGUUAUAACAUUGUCCCUUCUGUAUUCACUAGGUACCUUGAUUUUGUCUCCUAUUCACUCUUGGACGGAUGGGGAGGAGAUAGCCGGAGAUGUCCUCAGACACAGGUAAGACUGACAUUAAAGGGUAGUCCAAGAGCCAUGACCACCUCAGUGAUUUGAAGUGGUCAUGGUGCCUGGGGUCUGUUUGUGCAGUGAUUCAGUAUGAAACGCGGCACAUAAAUAGAUUAAUCGCCUUGCUUCUAGAGGUUUAACUCCACUUCCUGCAGCAUCAUUAGGCAGCCCAGAACAAAUUCUCAUGUUGACUAUUGUCAAUUCCGUGCAGACGAUGUUCUCCCGUCAAUCGCUACUCCUUGACCUCCCUCUGAGGGGUGUGCCAUUAGCUUAGGGUGAUUGGGCUAAGGUAGAGCUUUUCUUCAACACUGAAAAAAAGGUAAGUUUAAGUUCCCUGUGGGAUGACCACCACAGGGAGGGUUACUAAAACCCACCACAGGGAGGGUUACUAAAACCCACCACAGGGAGGGUUACUAAAACCCACCACAGGGAGGGUUACUACAACCAGGGAGGGUUACUAAAACCAGAACCAGUGUUUUAUAAAAUAUAACCCUUUAAUAAAUCUAUUGCUAAUUAUUGUGAAAUUUCAUUAUCAUCACUAGCUAUUUCCUGAUUGGUCGACACAAGACCCAUGCAUUCAAGUUUAUACCUUCUCUCUCCUCAGGGGUGUGAUGGAAGGCUGGCGUGGGUGGUCGGUCUCCAUAAAGGAUGGGGGUAACUGGGCAGAGCUAGCCGGCCAUGAUUAUGUCUUGGAUCUGAUCUCUGAUGUGGAAUUACCCAGAGAAUUUCCUAAACAGAAGUCUUACUUUAUCACAGCUUCGGAGGGGACUCGGGAGAACCUGGAAUAUCCCAGUAUGUGAGUAUCUCAUGUCAGUAGUCCUGAACAAGAACAAUUAGGCUAUCACAUGCGCCACUGUAAAGUAUGUUUAUUUUAAAAAAAAGAAAACAAUUUGUAAUAUUAGGACAUUCUGCAAAGUGGAAUACCCAGCAUGCAUUGAUACUUUUCAUCCAUGGUGCUGUUACAUCACUUCAUAUGAAAACCAAGGUACCAGAAUCAACAUUAAAUAAUGGGAUUAGCCUACCCAUAGGAUUCUAAGGAUAUUUUGACUGUAGCAGGGUUAUUCACUUAAGAGUGAAUUCUCUGGAAUAUGAAGUGAGUUUAAAACAACACUCCAAGCACCGUAACCUGCUGCAGUGGUUACGGUGCCAGGAAUGCACCAUUUUUAUACAGUUAGACUUUUUAAUCUUCUUAUCUUUCUCUGGUGCUCUCCAUCUCCACCACGAAUGCCAGAGAGAUCUAUGUUCCUAAUUAGUGGUGUUUGUGUGUGUAUUCACUCCACUGUACAGACCAGGAAGCAAACAGCAUUUGAGAAUUUAAAUGAAUCAACACAUCAUUUGCAGACAGUUUCACCAACACGCUGUAUAGAUUAAAUGAUAAUAACUUACUAAAAGAGAGCCUGUGAUCUUUAAUGUUAUACCUUCAUUGGCAUCAUGAUUUGUCUGUAUUGACAUAUUUCAUAUUAUUGUGUCAUUUUUCUAUACAGUUGUGUGAUGAGAAAAACACCCGUAGUAUGUUGACUAAUGAUCAUUAACGCUAAUACUUAUUUUGCCCUUAGAGUAUUUGCCAAUGGUUCUGACAUGGAGGAAGAGGUUCCGCCACCACCAAGCGUAAAAGCGCCGACCUUACCACCUCCGGCUGUGCCAGAUUCCGAUGGUUACUACAGCCAUGGUGAGUCUGGUGGGUCCCUCUGUUGUUGGGAAAUUGAAUAAAAGUAAGUUUAUCUUGAAAGAGUUCAAACCUACCGCCAAGCUUUACUUGCAGAAUACCUUAGCGAGACCUUGGAAUACGAUAAAUGCCUCAAAAUAUUAUUAUAAUGAAUUUUUGGCAGUGUCACAGCUGAAUUCUCUACCAUUUAGGAGGUAAAUCACCUUUGUUACUGUUUAUGCAGCCCUAAUAUCACUCACACAGCCUGCAUUAAAACAAUGCUUUUAUUCUUUUAUUUUUUAAAUCCACCUGAAGUGACCCAAUUUCAGCCUUUGAUGUAUUUAAUUUAUUUUAGGAUAUAGAGGUGUUUGUAGUCUUGGUGUUUAGCGACAUUGUGACACCAUGCAUAUUUCUUCUGCCUGCUUAUAGAUUCAGAUACAUUGAGUGAAGCUCCUACUCAGAAAGGGAUGGACCAUUAUCUAGACAGCCUGUUUGACCCGGUGCUGUCCUACGGAAAUGGGGUAAGGAAUGUGCAACAUAUAUAAUAAAUGUAUCUAUAUGGCAAAACUGAAUGUAUCACAAAUGUGGCAGUGCCCCUUUAAACUGUUUAUCAUAUUUACAUAAUACGAGUAUAAUAUGAUAAAUGCGAAGUCAUAGGUGAAGGAUCGUGAACAUAGAGGUCACAUUAUGUUUUGUUGUUUUUUUUGCAAAUCUUUAUUCAAGUGUUUUUUGGAUAUUAACAACAGAAAAGACUAAGAUAGUCAUCACACGUGUACUGAACAUGAAUAGUAUGCAUGGCUGGCAAAGGAUAACAUCUGAUGGAAUAAACACUUUAACGCUGAAUGGGAACUUCUAGCUGACAAACAAUUUACUAAGCUCAACCUUCGUCUGGCAAACAUAGGGUCAAAAAGUGGAAGAUCACCCAUAGCUGUACGUUCCGGUCAAGCAGGAGUAGGAAUCUGUGAAGCAGAGAAUUAAAGAGAGAAAGAGGAAGUAGAACCGAGUUAGAGAAAAGGAGGGAGGAGAGAGGAAGGAGAGAGACAGAAGAAGCAUGGGAAAGAGGAGAGACACGGGGUGGGGGCCUAAAAGUACCCCACCAACCAACCCAAAAAGUUUAAAGGACCACAUAUCCAUCCACUAUCCAUCACUAAGGGAGCGCUGUGAGGUCACAUUACAUACACAUUUACAUAGUAAUGUAAAGCGCUGCGGAAUUUGAUGGCGCUAUAUAAAUAUCAUAAUAAUAAUAGUAAGCAGAUACACUGCUCGGGAUACUCAACGCUCUGUGACACAAACAGCUAUAUUUAUCAAUACUGGUGCAAUUCUGGAGCAAAGCUGUGAAUACGGCACAAUCAUCACCAGCAGAAUGGGGGCAGAUGCAUCAAAGUAUCAAGUUGUGAAAAGUGGUGCUAAAGAUCUAAACGUAUCAAACACAAACAUGCUUUGCAUUCUCCUGUGUCUCUUAUAUUUACUCUAUAAGGGAUGGUGAGGUGGAUCACUGUGGCCCCUAGCGGGAUGUGGCACUGGAAGGGUUAUAUGUGUCCUGGUUGUCAGCUAUCUGAUUCCCUGUCAGAGCACAGAGAUCAUGUUCACCCUACAGCUGGUCUCUUCUUCUCUCUGUAGGAUCUGGAGAAGCUGACUGCCAUGUCCCAAAAGAUGAAAGGUGGUGGCGCAGCUGGAGAGAGAGACAGGGAGGACGCACCAGAAGGUACCAACUUUCAGGCAGAAGGAUCCCAUCAGGCAGGUAAGUACCAUGUGGCACCUGCAGGUACCAGGAAUAUGGGAUAUUACCUGUUGUCAUAGAUCAGCAGUGAAAUAUGAGACCAAACUGGCUGCCUGAUUAUCUUUCAUAAAGCAAGCUCAUCAGCAGUAAAACUUCACAUUUAUCCUGUGAGGACCAGGGGUAAGACACCCCAUUUAUACUGCGAAUUAACUGUCACUUCCUUGGAAAUUCUCAACAGAGAAUAAAAUCUAACAAGUGUGUUUGAUUGAAACGUUAUCAGUUGAUUAAUUUUCAUGAUAUUUAUAUUUAUAUUUAAAUUUCAGAUUAUUUAAAUACAGAUUAUUCAUAUCUGUCUUGGUCACUGCUUGGAUACGUAUUUAUGCUUAAAUUUAAUUUCGUUUUUUCAAUCAAUACAAUUCUAGGGUCUAGUCAGUUAUUUACAGCCUGAUGGAAUUGUUCUCUCUGCUACGUGAAUUCUAUCGCUUGUGUUACAAUGAAUGGGGUCCUGCUUAAAUAAGCUACCACUAAUUACCUAAAAAUAAAUAGGCAGUUUAUUUCAGUUUCCACCGUAUGAGAUAUUUCAAUAAUACAAGAUACAAAGUGAGAGCAACUGGCCAUCACACACAAGGCACAGGGAUAUAAUAUACUGUCACUCUUCAAUUAAAAGCAAUUUGAUCUACAAUUUACUUUACAUACUUUUAAUUAAAAUACUGAUCGCAGUAAAGUGGGGUCAGAUAUACGCAAGUAUUUCUCACUAGAAAGCACAAGUAACGAAAUAUGAGAAUUUUGAAUUUAAUUUAUUUUAUACUAAUGUAUCUGGAUUUAAAUUUAUUGGAAUGUAAAUGUAAAGGCUUGUAUACCUCUGCUAUUUUACGGGUAUCUCUGCGUGGUUGGAGAGUAUUAUUACAUGAGUGCCCCAGGCUGUGUAACUUGACUGAUGGCUAAGGUCAGCCAGACGUCACUCUAAUAACUAUGUAUUACAGUCAGCUAACAGCGACGUUACAUAGAGAGCUGGGGGAUUAUGCAUAAUGCACUUGAAUCUUAUUCACACUUGGAAUAGGCCUUAACUGGUCUUCAGCAAGAAUGGCAUUAAAACCCAGCAGUAUAUUAUAGCAGUAUUGUAAUAAAGAGAUAAGUACUAUGCUAUAAAAAUAUCAUAACACAUUAACUUUAGUCUCAAGGCAAUCUUCAUAGAUGUUUUACAGGAUAAACAAAUAAUGAUUUUCUGUUUUGGAUUCCCUUUUAAGUAGCCGAUACAUUAUGAAUUCAAAAUCAUUUUCAGAUUUUAGGCCCGAGUAGCCAAAUCGAAUGCAUAGCUGAGAAUUUUUCCAGUUUGGCUAAUUUGACUUUAAAUUCGAAAUUUACUUUGAACUCACCACAAACUCUCCCUAGUGAAUAACCCUCUGUAUUGUUUAGCGUUUGUGGAAAGUACCAUUUUAAUUUCAGAUUGACCACAUGUAUAUCAUUUCUUUUCCCUUAAAUGAUUAUUGUAUCUGUGUCUAUAGAUCUGGAGCAAGCAAUGUAUGCACAGCAACAAGCGUAUAUCAACCAACAAGCCAUGUUACUGGUAAGCAAGACACUGGAUUCAAUUCAGAGGAAUUCCUAAGUGAUACAGUUAUAAUGGAUUUCAAAUAGUAAAUAUUAAAGGGACAUUGUAGGCACCCAGACCACUUCAGCUAAUUGAAGUGGUCUGGGUGCAGUGUCCCUUUUGCACCUAGUGAUGCAAUGUAAAACAUUGCCGUUUCAGAGAAACUGCAAUAUUAACAUUGCAGCACUAAGUCUGCCCUCAGUGGCUGUAUACCUGGCAGCCACUGGGGGCGCUUCCGGAAUCGUAACAGACAUUUGGUCCAUUAUCUGACACUGGACAUCCUCACGCUCUGCAUGAGGGCCUCCAGUGUAAAAUUUUUCCCUAUCAGAAAGGAUUGAUUCAAUGCUUUUCUAUGGGGAGGUCAAAAGCGCUCCUUAUUUGCCGCACAUGCGCAUUAGGCCCCGCUCGUCACGGGAUAUUGGAGGGGGCGGAGCUCCGACCCAGCGCCGAGGGAUAUUGGUACUGAUAAGGUAACCCUUUAUUAACCCAGGAGGGGGGCACGAGGAAGGGGGGAGACAGAGGAACCGGUAGUGCCAGGAUUAUAGCUUUGUAUUCCUGGCACUACAGUAUCCCUUUAAAGGGGCCUGUCACUUUAAAGGAUUUUUAUGAUUUUUUUUUUCUAUUCAUUUAUCCUUUAUAUUUAAUAAACAUAUUUGUAACGACUGAAAACUAAAAUGAAAUAACAUUAAAUGUAGACAUCCACAUUGGAACUGGGGGCCUCCAUCUUGGAUCCCUGCCAGUAAUUGUUACAGAGUCUGUUCUUUGCACCUGUCAGUCAGCAUAGCAGGAGCAUAGAGAGAGCAGGAGAAAUGAAACAAUGUUUCUAUUAUUCUCCUCCAUUGCAAUGCGUGCCCUGGCUGUGCCAGGAGGGUCUGGAUUUUGAAGAUGCACAUUGAGUUUUACUCUCAAAGCAAGUCAUUUCCUAGUUUAUUUUUAUUUCACUUAAUUUCUACAUUUUAUAAAUCUUCUAUAUAUUUGUUAUAUUAUAUAUAUUAGUUUUAAAGUGCAAUCUCAAUAUGACAGAGGUUUACCUUGCUGACUUUAACCAUAAACACUUUUACACUGUUCCUGUCUCUAGGCCCAACAAAUGACCAUGCAAGCAUUGGCACUGCAACAACAAAUGACCAAUAAUUCCCCUGGGGAGACCCCACCACCCUCCAGGACCAGACCAAGCAUUCAUUCCCAGACCCGUCAUUCUAGUCACCGAGUGACCCCAACAGUUGCACCAAUUCCCCGCACUGGGUUACCACCACAGGUAUUAUUUUCUCUCUACAUCACAGUAGGUUCUCUCUAAAAGGACUUAACAACAAGUGGUACAUAUGGUUUAAUUAAGGGUAAUGUUUCAGUAUGUAUGGAUCAUGGUAUAGGGGUACACAGGUCUGAGCUCUUCCAAUAACCAAGUCACAUUCACAUUCUCAUAGCUCUUUCAAUAAUAAUAAUUUAUGACAUAGUGUUUGUCUCUUAUUGGACAUCUGAUCUUAGUAAUGUAUAAAGCCCGGGUAAAGCAGAAAGUGGUCAGAGGAUAUAGGGUGGACUACAUGCUUCGUUCACAUUUAAUCCUUCUCUCGUUCAUAGAGGAACGCUGUGAUGGGUUCUUCAAGUAGGACUCAGACAUCCCCCACCAGAGAUGGUUCCAUGUAUCAUAGACCUGGUAAGUAUUAUUUUUACAAUUUAAUGUAUUUCCACUUUAGCAUGUAGUGUCAAUUUAUACUUGGAUCGUGGCCAGAGACCUGUGCUUAAACCCUACUCACUUUUUGUGUUAGACCAUAUUGUUACUAUACUUUCCGUACGAUUAUUUUGAAUAUGUAUUUAUUUGGCUUUGCUUGAAUAAAGAGUAGUUAUGGAACCUGUUGCUCUCCACAAUCGUUGCUACAGAGGCUGACAUAUAGGGUCCAGAAGGUUUUCAAUGGUGAGAGUGGGUGGGUUUGUUAAGCAACGAGUCACAGUGGACCAUUACAUCUUCUUCUGUUUAUGCUGUAGGUCCCCCAACUCUAUCCCGUCCUGAUGACAUCGUCUUUCACACCAAGGUGAAUUCAGAGCAUUUUCCACAGCCAACCCACAAUAUUAAGGACAUUAUUAGUCAAUAUAAGCAGCCGGAUAGGCCCAGAUCACCAGUACCUGUUGUAAGGUAAGUUUCUUGUCUUCCCAUCCACCUGGUGUAAAAUGUCUGUGUGCCUCCCUGGCAACAACAUUUACACCCCUUGCUGUCUCCAGGUAUACGCCUGAAGUGUUGGACCACGCAGUAAUCAAACAUACCUGUCACCAGUACCUCCUUUUGCGAUAACUCAGGCAUCAAAGACUUUCCCACCCUACAAAAGGACCCAUCCCUGCCAUCUAGUGAAAAUUUCACCUACUUGAAAAUAAAGCACAUUUUACAGCACAAAUAGGGACGACAGACACUUCACAAAUGACACCCUUUGGACAACGAUGUGUAGGCAAAUUGUCAUCACAGAUAUCCCUUGCCCUUUGCUACAUGUCCCUCAAUAUCACACUAUUCACAGACAAACUCCCAUACAUGACACAAUGGGAGGGGGAGCCAAAGGUAACGAUUCCGCUACCCAUUUGGAUACAAUCUAUCCAACUAACUAAGCAGCCGUCAAGCAGCCUAAACCAUUGGGAAUCAUAUUGAAAAAUUUUGAUGAGGUGGUACUUGGUCCCAACAAAACUAGCGAGGAUAUAUAGUGAUGCCUCUUCAUGCUGUAGAUGUGGGCAGGAACCGGGAUCGUGCAUACACGUCUUCUGGGAAUGUCAGGGGAUCCAACACUUUUGGGUACAGGUGAAAACAACCAUCCAAGAAACCACAAAAGAAGAGAUUCCACUGAAACCAGAAUAUUACCUCUGGCAUCUCAUACCUACCUUACAAUGCAUAACACACAAGGUUGUCAUCAUCCACAUUUUGCAGGCAGCAAAAAUUAGUAUAGCUCACCACUGGAAAACUGUCAAUCCUCCAAAAAUAAAAGAAGUGAUAGAUAGGGUGUCCUUGACCUAUAACUAUGAGAACAUGGCAUAUAGAUUACUGGGAAAAGCGUCAAACUAUCACCACUAUGGGAUGGCUGGAAGGAGAAACAAGAAUGAGUACCUCUAUAAUCAUAACCAUAACCGAUAGGAUCUUAGAACAUCAUAAAUAAGAACACAGUGCCCAUCAAUGAAGGGCGAUAGUGGAUCCGGGGGUCACAAAAACACUAGGCGAGGGGAACGAUAGGGAGUCGGGAGGGCAAGGUGCACUUGUGGAUCACGUGUACCCUAGCUCCCUCUCCUAUAUAUCCCCUGUUUGUCUUCUUCAUACCUAAGAUAGGUAAUAUGUGCCCACUGGCCCACCAACCCCACCUCUCCUAUCCAUGUCCCCCACUCUUUACUUCCUUCCAUCCAUUCUUUUUGCUUUUUCGUUCUAUCCCCGUUGGUUCACCCAGUGGAUCCAAUUGAUUGUACAUAGAAAUAAUCCUCUUUCAAUGCAUGUCAAGGAGGGUGAAUAUACAUUUUAAAAAUAAAGGUUUCUAUUGAAUUCAUGCUUUCUCUAUUGUAUGGAUAAUCAACAAUGUCAGGGUUAUUACGCUCCGCAAUAAUGUGAUAUACCGUUUGUAUGCAAUUGUACCUAUUCUACUCCUCUCUUUGUCACUAUAUUAAUAACAAUCAACUAUACAUGUCAUGAUUCUAUAUACUUUAUCCACUGUACUAAAACAUUUGAAAAAAAACAUUUACACCCCUUCCUCUGCCUUACCUUCCACUGGUUGUAUACUAUCAGUGAGUUGCUCCCUCUAAGCUACCCUGAUUAAAUUGAAAUAUUUGUUGUCAAAGAUGGAGCAAUCUUAAACAUUACUUGACAAUCUGACAUGUUAGUUUUGGUCUCACAGAAAAGAACCACCUAAAUAUUUUGGGAAGAAAAUGGAUCCUCAUGAGGAAGCUUUGAAGAUUCUAAAGAGACAGAUGCCUUCUCGUCCUCUUACUGGACCAACACAAGUCUCUGCUAUGUCUUACGUCCCAAAGGUAAAAUCAGCAGCUCCCUCUACUGGACACAACAGUGGCAAAGAAAUCCAAUCUAUGGAAAGUAUACUAAGGUUUAAAAAGAAGUAAUAUUAAUCUACCACAUACACAUACGUUUAACCCCCUGUGACUCUUACAUUGACAAAUACUGUAAAAACUCAACAACAACAAAAAACCAUAAAAACAGAUAAUGUUGAUUUGUUUGCUUCUCUUUUGUUCUGUCUAGCCAUCCAGAGAUACGGUUGCUUUGGUGAAACCAGUACCCAGCAUGAAGGCCAAGAAACCUGACUCCCCACCACCUGUUAACUGUGUAAGACCCACAACAGCAGCUUCAGGUAGAAUCUCCAUUCUUGAUACAUCAUGAUUAAUCUAGUAGCUUAUACUUUAUUACAAUCAGCAAUGUUCCUAUUAGCUUGCUAUGGAAAUUAAUAUAUAUGUAAUAAUUAUUGCUUUAACAAGAAGCAACACCUUGAAAAGGGGCACUCAGUGCACCUUGACUGCUACAGCUUAUUGUAAUGGUUAUGGUGCAAGGAGUCUUGGGGUGCUUUCACCCUGUUUUUGAAUAUGGCUAUAAUGAUGAGUCGCCUGCAUAUAAUGCCGGUUCUUUUUCCAUUACCCAGUGUCUGUCUCUCGGGAACUGUCCGAAGAACAAGAGAAUAUUCAGACCCAGCUGCACCGGCAGUACAGCGAGGAAUACUACACCUAUAACAAUGUGCCUUGGAAAAUAUACAUCAGGAAGGAGGUAAGUGGUGAAACGCAUAGGGUGGUGCGUUGGCUAAGGGUUAUGUAUUAAAGGUGUUUUAAUAGGAAUCAGUGGAAUCUCAUUGCUUCCCAUAACACUAAAUGUUCGCAUUAUUACUGAUGGUGUAUAUAUGCACACAUAGGAAAAAUACAUUGAAAUCACUCCUGUUUAUUGAGGUGUCAUGAAAAAUUCGACUAAUGUGAACAAAAUCAAUUAAUGUAAUUUAAUGAAUCAGUUCUCUGCGUUUAGCUACAGUGAUAGAAUAGAAUAUGCGUAACAGAACAGAACACUCUAAUUUGUUGGUGUCCUAAUUGUGAUUUCAUAUUGGAGAAGAGUCACAUGAAGUCCUCGUAUUUUUCUGUAGGUUUUCUACCCCAGAGACAGUUUCAAUAAUCCACUGAUCCUAGAUCUAAUCUUCAGACAGGUGAGUCUUCCCAUCCUGGUUAUAAAUGAGUAAAUAAAUCAGGGUUCACGUUAACAAUGGUGACUUCAAAAUAUCAGUUGACGUUGUAGUGAUGUUUGUAUGCAUGAUUACAGCAAGGGACCCAGCACUUUAACCUCCAUACUAUAGACAGACACUGGAGAUGAGGUGGAGUGUAACUCACAUCACUUUCAGACAGUCCACUGAAUCUUGACUGCAGAUAAUCCCUAAGCUAGUGGUAGAUUCAUAUGAAAAUACCAAGUAACAAAAUACCGUGUCACUUUACAUCUGGGUACAGCGCUAUGGAAUUUGCUGUCGCUAUAUUAAUAAUAAUAAUAAUAAUAAUAUUCAGGGGAUUUGUAAGAAGAUAUGCAGUUUCAACAUAAGAGAUUUUCUAUGAGAUGUGCUUGUCUGCCCUCUAGUGGUAGAUUUAUAUUAAAACAUUUUUGGAAUCAAACAAGUAUUACGCAAUUUCUGACCUAGACCAUCUUAUAUGUUUAAAAGCAAACUGACUGCUACAGCUCAUUGUAGUGUUUAUAUUGCCUAAAGUCUUCUAUUCCCAUUCUUCGGUUUAAUACCAAACAAUUUAAGAAUGGUUUGAUAUAAACCAAGGGUCUUUCACUUUGAUAAUACAGAAUUAACCUGGAUGACAUUAAUUGGCUGAGUUCCCAGUGAUAGCCGUUAAAGCAGUCAGUAUGUGAGCAAAUUAUCUUAGAAAUCUAUUUAAAUAGUGUACAUCGUACAUAUGGGGUUUAUUGAUAGGUGGAUACUGCAGUUAUAGGCAGUAAUUAUUGGCUGUAUUUGCAUACUCUGACCCAGAAUCCUUUGCAAUAAAAGCAUUGCAUGCUGAGAACAUCUGAGUCCCAUCAUCGUGUCUGGGAUAUACAUUUAUUCUCAGUAACAUUCUGGUAAUGUUGAUAUUGAUACAAUGAUGUUUUUUGCAUCCUCUUUCUGCUUCUUUCUAUACUGUGUAUUCUGAAGGUUAUUAAUGAUACUCUGUCAGAAAGUUGCAUUCGGAUAACCAAGGAGGAAAGACAGAAAAUGAGGAGCCUUCUAGGUGAGUGUUUCUGAGAAUCAUAAAAAAAACAUGUUACAUAAUGACUGAACCGAGCAUGCAAUGGGAUGGGAGAUCCACUUACACUGGGGUAGCGUUAGGAAAAUUUCUACUGUGCGACUGUUUUUCUAUAUGUCUACGUGAAAGAGUUAUAUAAUUAUUCUUCUAGGAGAUCGCACACUUAUUAUAUUAUUGUGCACAUAUUUUGAUAAAUGCUCACUUUUUGAAUAUUUAUUAACGUUUAAUAAUACUACUUGGAUGAUGCGCUAAAGAUUCUACAUUAGUUGUCCUGUUUUUGUCCAAUGCAGCGGAGUACAGAUUAGACUCUAUAAAUGCCAUCACUGAUGAGGCAGUGAAGAAGAAGAUUGUCACAGCUGCCCGGGAGGAUUGGGAGGUGUACUUUUCACGCCUUUUUCCAGCAGCGGUAAGAGUGUGGUAGAGAAUUGUAUUGAGACAAAAAGACAUAUGACCUACAAAAUGUCGAUAAAGGUAGUUUAACCUGGUCGCCCAUGUUCCGUGUACAGGGGAGCGUUGGUACUGGGGUUCAAAUCCUAGGGGUGUCGCACAAUGGGAUAAAACUUCUGAAGAAGCUGAGGAGCGGAGGCUCCACCCCUGAGCAGCUAAGAGUCUUGAGGAGUUACAGGUAGGUACUUACCACAGACAGAUUCAGAACAUGGACUUGUCACAUUGUACGGCAGUCCAGAAGCAUUUGGACAGUUAGGAAGUUUUCUAACAGAAAAAAACUUGCCACUAAUUUUUAUGUUCCUGUUGCAGCUACACGGAUAUCAUGUUUGUCACGGUUCUCUCAAAGAACAUGCUGGAGUUUAAUCUGACAAAUGAGAAGCUUAUUCUCUUCUCCUCUCGGUCCAGUCAGGUGAAGACCAUGAUAGAUUGCUUCUUGAUGGAGCUGAAAAAGGUGAGUGUGUUAUGAAGCGUGUGUGACAUCUAUUAAGCUAUGCUCUCUCACUGUUUAACAUUCAUUACUAUGUCGCCUCAGAGUGAAUUAACAAAAUAUUUAUAACGGGCCUUUGUUGGACUACCCUCUCCCAAAUGUUUUUUUAAAAUGCUUUUUGUUCUUGGAUUCCAGGAUUCAAACUACGUUGUUGCAGUACAGAGCUAUGUCACAGAAGACAAGAGCUCUCUAAGUUUCCAUAAAGGAGACAUAAUUCGCCUGCAAUCUCUGGAAGGUCUACAAAAAGGUCAGUAAUUACCAAAGAGUUGCGCUGGGAUUAGAAUAUAUUUAGGGGGAAUUUUCUGACUAUUAUGUGAAAGUAGAACUCUCCCCUCAUAAAACAAGAUCUCAAAACAUAGUUAGGACCCAUGUCCCCUGGAGGUCGUUAUGUUUACAGGGGUGUCCAGGGUAUUUGGUCAGAUUCUCAGGGCUAUGCAUCCGUAAACUCUACCCUGCCCUUUUUGCUCAAUAUUAUGUGUUUUCUUAGGGUAUUCUAGGGAAUACAGGGGUGGCCAAAAUUUAGAUCCCCAGAUAUUAUAAAACUACAUCUCCAUUAAUUAUUUAAAAUUCUAAAGGGAGACAAAGCAUCACGGACGUGUUAGUUCUUCAACAUCUGGGAAUCUACUUUUAGUACAUACCUAGCCUAGAUUAAAACAUUGGAGGUGUCCUGUUUGCUUCAAUGUAACAACCCUAACUGUCACUGUGAAUUUACACGCUGCAUUGUGGAUACCCGGACAGGACAAAACUAUGGAUGCAUCGUGAGGAAGAAAGUGAUGUAUUUGGAGGAUUUAAAACGAGGAACACAGGAUUUUGGUUUGUGCUGCUGCUAUAACGUCUGUACCGUUCUGCUGCAUGUCUGUGCAUAAUUCAAUUUUUCCCCUGGAGUGGCUAUAUAAAGAAUGCUAAAAUGUACCCUUUGUGCAUCCAUUUUAAUCAACGUCCACAUUAAUGUCCCUGGAAUUUCCUACAUCUAAAGGUUACUGAAUAACAUGCAAAAUGACAAUUUCAUAUUUAACAGACAUGUUAACUGCUUAGUUAACUGCUAAUGAGCCGUUAAUGAUGUAAAAUUGGUCACAGUGCCACCAUUCCAAUAUUGUUCUACAGAACUUGUUUUCAUUAUUGGAUCAAUGAAAAAGGCCAUAUACUUUACAUUGAACCUGCAAGUUUCAGUAAUCACAAUUCUGCCAAAAAGGAGUUAGCAGUUUAACUGGAAAAAAAGUAAUUGCGAGCCAUUACAAUGUCCAUAUGGAAUGGGUGAAUGACACAGCUGCCACCUGCUACAUGAUUAAUAUACCUGACUGUCUGUACCCAGAUCCCAGAAAGCUGAAACCUCUUUUUUUUGUGAUACCUGCCCAUUAGAUAGACAUUGCAAGAUUAACAAUGAAAUCACAGUUUAGGCCAUGUUUCAAGAUCAUAACAUAUUCUGGCUUUGACAGAAAAAUGGUUUGUGCAAUUUGAGAACUGUCGCACUACACAGGCCCAAAUUCAGAAGUCAAUAUGAAUUGGUUACUGUAAUUUUAGCUACUUUGUUUUUGGUAUUUUUUUUGUUUUGUAUUUUUAAUUUAGUUAGUAACAAAAAAGUUAUUACGAUUUGCCUCUUAAUCAUCCUGACUAAGACUACCCAACAACAGACCCAUUUACAAGAACAUUUUCCCUUGUAUGGCAUCUCUGGAUUCAUUAAACCAGUUUUCCCACCAUUUGGGCCUGAAUGACACAGACCUUCCCAACAAUCAUUGUAUUUGUGUGAGUGUUUGCAUGCUAUUGGCUCCAUGGAUACUUAAUGCAUGCAGCAUUUUUAUUGGUUAGUUUGGCAUGCAUGAUUCAUUUCAUUUGUUACCGGGCCAUGCAGUUGCCUCCCUGUUUCUUUGUAACGUCUAACAAGCGCACUGUGUUACUCACAGGCUGGAAGUUUGGGGCGAUCCAUGGUCGAGCCGGUCUCUUCCCAGCAGAGUGUGUGCAGCCGGUCGCAGCGCCAGAUUUUGUCAACCUCCCAGCAGACAGGAAGGAUGAACCACGAGACAGGCAGAGUCGUGCAGCAGCGUCAGCUGCAGUGGCCGUGGCCGUUGCCUCAACUGCCGUGGCUCAGGAGUUUGACAAGAAAACGGAUGUAUGUUAAAACAGUGUCAAAAUGUUACAUCCCUCAAUUUUUUUUUUCUCCACAAACUUUGUUUAAAGGGUAAACUUCCAUGUCCUGACCUCUCUGACAUUCUCGCAUCGUAAUAUGGAAAAAACAGACUUUUGCUUAAUUUAAAUUAAAAUCUAAGUGAAAUCAAAGUGAAUUUCAUAUUUAAAUUUCACAUAGUCAAAGUGGAAAAAUUCUGUAUGUCAGCUGUGCUUUCACUUUGGUUACUGUGGCCUUAAAUUUAAAAUUCACUUUCAAUUCUCACUUUAGUUAAUGUUUGUUGAUAUCACUGUGUGUAGCAACACAAGGUUGACAAUCUUGACCAGAGGCUAAAUUGGGUGCAAAGAUCGCCCCUUGUUGUUUGUAUUUCUGUCCCCCUCUUUUUCCUGUUUCUUUUUCUCUUUCCACCCACCUUUUCCUCUUCCUCUUUUACCCCACUCAACCUGUUUCUCCUCCUAUGCCCCCUCCAGGGCUCUCCCACUCCCAGUGAAUAUGCAGACAGUUUGGAUGACUACACGGAUCCUGCCUCGUCUGAGGUUAUGUUACAGGGAUCUCCAUAUAAUAUGGUGGAUUUUGCCAAGAAAUAUUUCCGAGAGGGGCAAAGAAUGAUGGCACAAACACAAGACGAACAGGCAAAGACCUCAGGGUAUGAUACAAAGUGUGAAAGUGAAAGUGAGAAUUGUCAGAAAUUCAAAGUGAAUUCAAAAUCAAAAUUUUAAUUUAAGACCAAAAUAGCCAAACUGGAAGAUUAGCUGACUUGGAGAAUUUUUCCAGUUUGGAUAAUGUUUCCUUAAAUUUGAAAAUCCCUUUGAAUUUUCGGCAAUUUUCACGUUGGUGAAUAACCACGAAUGUGUCCCUGGAAACAAAUGAUCUCAGCAUUGGAUUACUUUGAUAGCCCGAUGCUUUUCACCAUUGAAUUUGCUGAAACCCAUAAAAUGGUGCGGGCAAGUUUGUAUGUUAACGAGCUUACUUAACAAGGAAAUAAUCUUAUUCUCUAGGGAAUCCUUCAAACAGGGCUCAAAGAAAAGCAAAGAAGUGAAAGACCCAGCUGACAUGCUGAAAUUUACCAAGGUAAUCCCAUAUUUAUUAUGGGUGAGAUGUAACCAAGCGCAUGGCCAGUUGACAUGUUACAGCCUCCUACCAAUCAUUCUAAAACGUUCGGGUGUUAGGCGUGUCAUUUAAUCAUCAACUUCUCGUUCAUUAAAUAUGCUAAAACCAGAUGCACACUGCACGCAGUCACACUACGCUGAGCGCUCACACUUAACCAUUUACAAAGCUGAGAUACAUCACCUUCUAUUUAAUAUAUAGCUACACACCAUGCAGCUGUAACGGCUAGCUUUACACAAUAUUGAGUAAUAUAUAGCUACACGCCAUGCAGCGGUAACAGCUAGCUUUACACAAUGCUGGGAGUGCAUAUAUCGCUAUACUCCAGUUCUUGCCACCGAUAGGCAUUGGCUGUUUCCAUAUUAUUUAUAUCAAUGGAUUUUCUACUCUUUUCUGUACAGAAUCCCAUCCAAGAAUCCCUCAUUGAAUUCAGCGACAGCAACAUGAACCGGGUCGCCGCAGAGGUUUUCAUGGGUAAAACUCUAUCAUUCAUAGUUUGGAUACAGAACAAUAUGAAUUCAGUGUAUUAAAUGUACACAUGGGAGGAAGGAUGAUAAACCUGUCACUGAAAUGGACAUAGUGUAAUUUAACAUAAUAAUGGCUUAAUUGUAUUAAAUAUAUAAAAAUGUGGCUGAUUCUGAUCACUGUCCUCCGUCUCCUGCAGCUGUGAUGAGGUUUAUGGGAGACGCUCCCAUGAAAGGUCAGUCUGAGCUGGACGCCGUCUGCACGGUUUUAAAGGUAAAGUGUCUGUUUCAUGCUCUGCCAUUAUAAUGCUGAGGGCCUAUCUGCCAUACCUAGGAAGAAAACUAGUUUACUAGAUGGAAAUCUCAUUUUCUGGAGCAACAAAAAGGGAUUCUAACUAACUCACCAGCUCUAGUUCUUCCUCAAAGCAAGUGGAGAGCCAUAAUUUUGGGGUAACACUGUACAUGGUCUGGACGAAACUCCCUCCACAAAUAGGGGUCAUAUAAGAUGUCUCCUACACUAAAUCCCAUGUUGUUUCAUUCACUAGCUUAAAUCCCAGCAACCAGGGGUCAAACAUGGCGUCUCAUUCACUAGCUCAAAUCCCAGCAACCAGGGGUCAAACAUGGCGUCUCAUUCACUAACUCAAAUCCUAGCAACCAGGAGUCAAACAUGGCGUCUAGUACACUAACUCAAAUCCCAGCAACCAGGAGUCAAACAUGGCGUCUAGUACACUAACUCAAAUCCCAGCAAUCAGGGGUCAAACAUGGAGUCUCAUACACUAGCUCAAAUCCCAGCAACCAGGGGUCAAACAUGGUGUCUCAUUCACUAGCUCAAAUCCCAGCAACCAGGGGUCAAACAUGGUGUCUCAUUCACUAGCUCAAAUCCCAGCAACCAGGGGUCAAACAUGGCGUCUCAUUCACUAGCUCAAAUCCCAGCAACCAGGGGUCAAACAUGGCGUCUCAUUCACUAGCUCAAAUCCCAGCAACCAGGGGUCAAACAUGGUGUCUCAUUCACUAGCUCAAAUCCCAGCAACCAGGGGUCAAACAUGGCGUCUCAUUCACUAGCUCAAAUCCCAGCAACCAGGGGUCAAACAUGGCGUCUCAUUCACUAGCUCAAAUCCCAGCAACCAGGGGUCAAACAUGGUGUCUCAUUCACUAGCUCAAAUCCCAGCAACCAGGGGUCAAACAUGGCGUCUCAUUCACUAGCUCAAAUCCCAGCAACCAGGGGUCAAACAUGGCAUCUCAUUCACUAGCUCAAAUCCCAGCAACCAGGGGUCAAACAUGGCGUCUAGUACACUAACUCAAAUUCCAGCAAUAAGUGGUCAAACAUGGCGUCUCGUACACUAGCUCAAAUCCCAGCAACCAGGGGUCAAACAUGGCGUCUAGUACACUAACUCAAAUUCCAGCAAUAAGUGGUCAAACAUGGCGUCUCGUACACUAACUCAAAUCCCAGCAAUCAGGAUCAAACAUGGCGUCUCAUACACUAACCCAAAUCCCAGCAAUCAGGAUCAAACAUGGCGUCUCGUACACUAACUCAUAUCCCAGCAAUAAGUGGUCAAACAUGACGUCUCGUACACUAACUCAAAUCCCAGCAAUCAGGGGUCAAACAUGGCAUCUCGUACACUAACUCAAAUCCCAGCAAUCAGGGGUCAAACAUGGCAUAUUGUACACUAACUCAAAUUCCAGCAAUAAGUGGUCAAACAUGGCGUCUCGUACACUAACUCAAAUCCCAGCAAUCAGGAUCAAACAUGGCGUCUCAUACACUAACCCAAAUCCCAGCAAUCAGGAUCAAACAUGGCGUCUCGUACACUAACUCAUAUCCCAGCAAUAAGUGGUCAAACAUGACGUCUCGUACACUAACUCAAAUCCCAGCAAUCAGGGGUCAAACAUGGCAUCUCGUACACUAACUCAAAUCCCAGCAAUCAGGGGUCAAACAUGGCAUAUUGUACACUAACUCAAAUCCCAGCAAUCAGGGGUCAAACAUGGCAUCUCGUACACUAACUCAAAUCCCAGCAAUCAGGGGUCAAACAUGGCGUCUCGUACACUAACUCAAAUCCCAGCAAUCAGGGGUCAAACAUGGCGUCUCAUACACUAACUCAAAUCCCAGCAAUCAGGGGACAAACAUGGCAUAUUGUACACUAACUCAAAUCCCAGCAAUCAGGAUCAAACAUGGCGUCUCAUACACUAACUCAAAUCCCAGCAAUCAGGGGACAAACAUGGCAUAUUGUACACUAACUCAAAUCCCAGCAAUCGGGGACAAACAUGGCGUCUCAUACACUAACUCAAAUCCCAGAAAUCAGGGGACAAACAUGGCAUAUUGUACACUAACUCAAAUCCCAGCAAUCGGGGACAAACAUGGCAUAUUGUACACUAACUUAAAUCCCAGCUAUCAGGGGUCAAACAUGGCGUCUCAUACACUAACUCAAAUCCCAGCAAUCAGGGGUCAAACAUGGCAUAUUGUACACUAACUCAAAUCCCAGCAAUCAGGGGUCAAACAUGGAGUCUUAUACACCUGCUCAAGGCCCGGCAAUAAGGGGCCAAACAUGGAGUUUCAUACACUAACUUAAAUCCCAGCUAUCAGGGGUCAAACAUGGCGUCUCAUACACUAACUCAAAUCCCAGCAAUCAGGGGUCAAACAUGGCAUAUUGUACACUAACUCAAAUCCCAGCAAUCAGGGGUCAAACAUGGAGUCUUAUACACCUGCUCAAGGCCCGGCAAUAAGGGGCCAAACAUGGAGUUUCAUACACUAACUUAAAUCCCAGCUAUCAGGGGUCAAACAUGGCGUCUCAUACACUAACUCAAAUCCCAGCAAUCAGGGGUCAAACAUGUUGCUUUUUUCUUUUGAACAUGUUUACAAGUUGAGUCUGGCAGAACCAUGUGCCAUUUGCAGCCUCCUAUAGGUAAGUUUUUACCAUGUUUGGAUUAAACCUACACACUCUAUGGAAGCCGAGAAAUUAGGGCUGAAACAGUGACUUGUGGACCAGCUCAGUGCAAUCAGCUAUAAAGUUUAACAGAAAGAGCCCAAAAUGCAGCAGGUAGCUGGAGAAAUACACCAUAUGCAAUACAGAUAGGGAAUGAGCAGUGACAUAGUCAGAAAAGCCAACGAUCAGGACAGGCAACACAGGUUCGUAUACAAUAAAACAAGCAGACGGUCAGAUACCGUGUAGUCAAAUAUUGCAGGCUAGGCUCACUGAAGUGAACACUGCAGUACAACUUUAGCAAAGGGGGCUAGGAGACAGGCUGUUCUAUAUGUGAUAUAGGAUCCUUUCCAAAUCAUCCCUGGGCUCCUGACACACCUCCCUACUUAUACCACCCCCUACCCCUUUAAGAGUACCUUCCCAACAUGCAUGUGCCCAGGAAGGCUGGACCCUGCAGAGACCCAGCCUAUCCACCACACCAAAUUGGGGAAGCCCUUCCCGGCCAGUUCGCGGGUGUGAGGAAAUCGUGGCACUGCCACUUAAGCAGGGAAGUAGGCUCGCUACCAAUUUGCGAUGUCAAAUUGGUCAGACCAAAUCUCUUAGGAGAUUGACAUUAGACAUGUGCAAUUCGUUUCGGUCCGAAUUAAAAUUCAUCCGAAUUUCGGUUAAUUCGGACAUUCGGUGGCUUCCGAAUGUCCGAAUAGCUGAAGUGCCGAAUUGCCGAAGUGCCGAAGUGCCGAAUUGCUGAAGUGCCGAAGUUCCGAAAUUCUGAGGUGUCAAAGUGCCGAAGUACCGAAGCACAGUAUUGCCUAAGUACUAAUAUACUUACCCAGUGAAAGAAGAACAAUGUUACACUGUAUACAAUUUCAAAUAAAAAGUAUACAAACAUAGACAGGAUUCAGCUGUAAGCGUUUGCAACACUUACAACAAUCAAGUAACAUACAUUCAUAUAAAAUGUAAGUUACUUAGCCAGUCAGUGUAAUGACAGGAAUGAAUAAGUAGAUAACUCUCUAAUUCCCACGGUAUUAGGGAGCUAUCUACUAAAAGGCUGAAAGACCUAAAUUGGUCUUUAAGCCAAAUUUACUAAUACUAAGUAAAGAUUACUUAGUAUUAGUAAAUUAUGCCCCUACUCGCUAUACUGAGUAGGGGCAUGUCUAUGCGCGGUGGGUGGGGGCCCUAAACAAGAAUAAGGGGGGGGGACCUAAUGUCCUUCCCCCUGCCCCCCACCCCUGAGCGGUGAGUGGGGGCCCUAAAUACAAAUUGGGGGGGGGGACCUAAUGUCCUCCCCCCUGGCCCCCACCCCUGAGCGGUGGGUGUGGGCCCUAAACAAGAAUAAGGGGAGGGACCUAAUGUCCUCCCCCCUGUCCCCCACCCCUGAGCGGUGGGUGGGGGCCCUAAAUACAAAUUGACAGGGGGGCCUAUUAGUAUUGGUAAAUUUGGCUGAAAGACCAAUUUAGGUCUUUCAGCCUUUUGGUAGAUAACUCCCUAAUACCGUGGGAAUUAGGGAGUUAUCUACCAAGUGGCUGCAAGAAAAGUCCCAAAAAAUGCCAGAGUUCCGAAGUGUCUAAGAUCCGAAGUGCCGAAGUUGCCGAAGUUCCGAAGUGCCGAAGUUGCCGAAGUUCCGAAGUGUCGAAGUCCAGAAUUUCGGAACGCUGAACUGAGCCAAAUAUUUUCCCCAUGCACAUGCCUAAUUGACAUCUCUGCAAGGAGAGCGGGAGAUGUGGAGUGGGAGAUCGAGGUAAACCGUGGGGAGUGUGGGGACCUAACAUCAGCGGUCAAGCGAAACUCAUGCAACAGCUCAAGGUUCAGAGAUCAAAUACAGAAAGACUUGACAAAUAUGAGCAUUUCACUCCAUUAGUUUCCCUAUUUGGAUGGGUCUACUUUGGCUGCACACUACAUUUACGUUGGUUGGUUUAAUGGAAUUUAUAAUGACUUAUCUGAGAGUACGUUUUCAGGCUAUAGGUUUUAAGCGCAGUGUUUUUAUGAGGUUUAGAUAUAGUUGCUGCGGACAUAAAAAGGUAAACCCGGUAAAUCUUAAUGAUGCAGCAUGCAUUUGUUAUUUGUCCACCUUUGUAAAUGUAAAUAAUGAGCUAGAAAAAUGUGGUACUUAUUGAUUAAAAUAAGGACAGACAUGUCUUCACUUGAUUACAUAAUACCUUUCCUCCAUUACUCCGUCUCCCCAACUUGUUCUGGCUGCUGUGUCCCCUCUUAUCAUGUUGGAGAAUGAAAUAUAACAAUAAGUGCAAGUAACCCAAGUGGUUAUUUAAAUCCUUGACACGUGGAUGCAGAGGAGAAGCUGACAGUUUGUCACAUGUCAUUGCAGCUGUGUGGGGAGCACGAGGUCCUGAAAGAUGAAGGGUAUUGCCAGAUCAUCAAACAGGUCACAGAUAACGCCAGUACUAAAACGUGAGUGUCAAUACUGCCGCAGGCGCAGGGAGGUUCCUCCGCGGUUAAACAACCGUCUAUAUGUUUGUACUACAAAGGAUGUGUAGUGAAUGGAAGCCGUUUCUAUAUAAAAAAUAAAUAGGCACAUGUAUUCUCACGUUUGUGAAUAACCCUGUUAGUAUGCAGUUUGCUAUGUAGUAACAUAGGAAAUGUAUUGUGCACAUACAUUAUUAUAUAACGCCAUGCUAACCAAUGACAUGCUUUACUGUUCCAAAAUAUCUUUUGCCAGUAUGGAACAUUCUGAUUAUUUAGUAUUAUCAGCUCCACGCAGCUGUGAAUUCUUUAAAGGGACACUCCACUCCACUGGCCAAAAAAAAUUAAAAAAAAUUGCUGCUUAGUAGAGGUAACCCCAAUGAAAACAUGCAUGCAUUUAACGUUUUGGAGCAAAAGCUGCAGAUCUCUAAUCUACAGCCUUUACAAACCCUCCUCUUUUAACCGCGCCCAGACUUUGUGGUUCUGUCCAAUCACAACCUUCCCAAUGCAGCUCAAUGAGAAGUCUUUGCAAGGCAGGUGCUUUGGGCAAUUGCUGCCUCUUGAGUUUAGAUCUACUGAGCUAAAUAACCAGGAAGCAACAGGACUAGUUGUUUGACAGCUAGGGGGGAUGGAACAAGUUUAAUUUAUGAAAAUGCCAAUUUCUAUUGAAAUCUAUUGUAAAAUGAUAAGAGGACACACUUUGCAUACAUAAAGCAAUUAAGCAAGCUAAAGAGCUUUAGAGCUCUGGAGUAUCCCUUUAAGUGAUGGAUACCAUCCAUCUCUUUAGCCGUUGCUGCCUCCUGGCUUGUUUUAAUCUGAUGAAUAUGGCCAAUGCUGUGACCACUUACCUGGUUUCUCUUUUAUUCAGAGACUCCUGUCAGAGAGGGUGGAGACUCCUAUACAUACUGACGGCUUAUUACAAAUGUUCGGAGGUCCUCAAGCCUUACUUGUUCAAGUUCCUACAAGAUACCUGCCGCAGUCCAGGUUUACAUUUCCAAGGUAACCAUGAAUCAGUGCAAGGCUGAUAGCACUGUGCUGUAGAGUAUUAAGUAUUAAUAAGUGUUGUGUCACAUUGUCCAGGGAUUGCAAAGGCUUGUGAGCAGAAUCUGCGCAAGACACUGCAAUAUGGGGGCCGCACAGUUUAUCCUAGCACUAUGGAGCUGAAAGCCAUGGUGGUAAGUUAUUGAGAAUAUGGACAUUGAGUUUACCAGUGGUAAGUUGAUUCAUUCCUUAAACGUGCCUACAGUUUCAAUAGUAAAAACAGGCCCAGAAUCGCAUCACUGUGAUUGGAUGACAUCAAAGAAGUGAAUACAGUGUAGCUGUCGGCCCAUCAGAUGCUGAAAACAUUGUUAAGAACAUCUAUACGUAUACAGAAUGUUUAGGCUCCCUAAUCUUAAUGGAUUUUUAAAACCUUUCUCUUUUAUUAUUGUUUUGUUAUUCUUAUGUUUAUCGUUGGACUUAUUCCAAGUGAUCUAAUCAGACGUUUCUUUUGCUCACAGGCUGGAAGAAGCUCUAAGAGACAGCUCUUCCUUUUGCCGGGAGGAAUUGAGAGGCAUUUGAAGAUCAAGACUUGUUCAGUUAGUAGAAACGUAUCUUUCUUCUCUUUAAAGGAAUACCGUGAUCACGUUUUCUUAUUUCUUUAAUAUAGAUUGCUAACGUAGUCAUAUAAGCAGCUCUGUAAAAGACAGCUGCCUCGCUAUUUGACACAGACUUUCCUUCCUUCCAUUGGAAUCUGCCUUGAAGUAGCAUAUUCCUACCUCUGGCGAUCCCUGUUUAACUCCUUAUUCUCGUGUCGGCAUCCAGGCUGUCACAAGCCUGCCUUGUCCUUUCUGACUCUUCGCUAAUGACAUCACUGUGUAUGUAUGGUGGUGUGACAUUUCAAUGUCGUAUUCACUUUGUGUGUAUUUAUGCAUUGUAAAACACCACAAAAAAACACUGUACAAGCAUGCAAACUUCUUCACGGGGAAAAAAAAACAUUGAGGAGAUAGGCAUCAUGGGAUAUCUCUGGUGAUGGACCGGGGAAAUCCAAAAUUAAACAGGAAGAAGCAGGAAAGUCUGACGCUAAACCUUAUUGGACAGUGAAAAAUACGAAGGCUGGUCUCAUUUACAUUACAAUUUUGUAAUAAAUGCCAUUAGUUAAAUAAAAUUGACCUCUGUACCCUCUAACUGCUUUACUAUAUUGCGAAUAACUUUUUUAAUAUAUAUAUCUAUAUAAUAGUUUUUUUUCCAUUUUGUUCAGUAUUGUAAUGUGAGAUUAGGGUUUCUCUGCAUUUGAAGUGCUAGUUAUGUGUCUGUGUUAGUGCAGACAUCAUACUUCCUUUAGCACAGCAGUAACAAGCUGUUUUGGGACAGGUGGCGUUUGACGUUGUAGAGGAAAUCUGCAUGGAAAUGGGAGUGCACAAGGAUGAAGCCUUUAGUGAAUACGCUAUUUUUGCUGUAACCAACAGAGGUAAGUCAGAGGAUUUCCCAUUACUAAGGCAGGAAAACAUGCCCAGGUGUCACUUCCUCUUGGCUCACAUAAUUGGCUGGGAUAUCUCACCCACUUCCUGGCUGAAGGAGAAGGAGGAUUAGGAAAUGCCAUAAAAAAGAAAAAUCUGGAGGUAGCUGGACAGACUUCAGCAUUUCAAGGGAUAAAACUGAACUGUCUUCAUUGUCCUAUGUACAUAUUGAAUGAUGCUGUUUGCCGUCUGCUGGCUUGUCCUUGACGUGAUCAGCAUAAAAUGUAUUCGCUCAUAUAGAGAAGUUGGACAGGAUUAAAGCCAUAAUUAGUUGUUUAAAUGGACACUCUAAGCACUGAAGGUACAACUGAUUAUAAUGUUCCCAGAGCCUAGAGGUUCCUCUGUUGCGGCUCAGCUAAUGCAGAAGUUAUCCUCCAAAUUAGCCACUCAACUUUGUCUCUAUGUUAAUAUUGCUUUAGCUGUACUGAUAAGCUGCAGUGGUUAUGGUACUUAGAGAGCCCCUUUAAAGUGCACGUAUCACAUUUAAGAUAUAACCUGUACACUAGAAUUGACAAGGCAUAGACUCAUUUUUUUACUUUACGAUUUCAGCAACAAAUUUGACAGUUGUGCUUUCUGUGACGGCAUAUAAUGCUGUGCUUGGAUUUGUAGGAGAGCGUAUAUGCAGAUGGAGCAUGUGGCAAUGAACUGGAGUUUAUCAUUUAAACUGUAUAAAUGCUGCUAAUUUAACUAACACAGUCCGAUUUAUGCACAAACCGCUGACUGUGGAGAAGUUAAAAUUUUACGUCAAAAUAUUCAAGUUAGAAAAAAGAAAUUCUCCAAAUGGCUCUUUUUCCAACUUGACUGAUUUGGGCUAAAAUUUGCAAUUCUCUUGUCAGUUCUCCAAAACUUCCAGAUGAAAGGGUAACCUCGAAUGUAUAGAUUUAAUGUCACAGAAAGCGACUUGGUGAUGCAUGUUGUCUCUGGAUACAAGCUCGUGUGCGCAGUAAUUCAGUUCCAGUGUCCUCAUUCCCUGCAGGCCAGAAUGUGCGGCCGCUGAAUCGGAAGGAAUAUAUCCUCGAUGUGUCUGCUGAGAUGGAGCAGACGGAUAGCAACUACAUGUUCUGGUUCAGACGGGUUAUCUGGGCACAGUCUCUGAAGUUUGAAAAUGAACUCUACGUGACGAUGCAUUACAACCAGGUACCUAAGUGGCGGUUCCCUGUAAGCACUACAUCUGCAUGAAAAGGUCUGUCCCCACUUAUCUUCUGUGCACCCAGCUUGGAUUAGGAUGGCCAAUCUGUGACUGAUAGAUUUGCCAUUGGGCUAGGUGUCUCCUCAGCACUGGUUGGAGUUGUAAUUCACAGCAAGGAAACUAUAACCGUCUUGCUGUCAUAUCACACCCAUUACCCACAGCCAACUGUUGCACAAUUAUUGAUUAAGUACCAAUAUUUUGGGCCAAUUUACUCUUUCCUAUACUUUAUAAAUGAUGCUCUUUCUCAAAAUCCCAAUUUGAUCAUUUUGUCUUCUGCUAAUCUCCCAUCCCAGGUGCUUCCUGAUUAUCUAAAAGGAUUAUUUAAUGUCCUGUCCCAUAUGAAACCAACGGAGCAACAGUUUCAGCAGAUUUCAAGGCUGGCAGCUCUCCAACACCGAGCCAAAGACAGCGUUUACCUCCCUACUGUGUAUGUAACAGCCGCAAAGCCAUACAAAGACAGGACCAUACAGUCUUCUGAAAAGGACAAGACACAUAUGAUGGUGUAAAUGACUGAGUCUGAAUAUCAGGCAUUUUCUGUGCCAGAGACUCUGCCAGUAUCCUGGGCAAAUGCACUGAAAGCCUUGGUUGCAGUGUUCGUCCCCAAUCUGUUAGAAGCCAUGGAGACCUGUGAUUAAUUUAGCAGACUGUAAAUGCACAGUAAAUAUAAUAAAAAUCACAAAGUGGUUAUAAUAUUUGGCCAUAACACAAUUACUGUGUCUUUACUGCAAGGGUAUUUUGCUUAAAUUCAUCUUCAUUGAAAAGUUACAAAUAUAACGAAGAACAGCCUACUACUGUGUAGAUCUUUGUAAAAGGAAGGCAAACGUUGUAGAAUUGCUUCAUGAGUUUACCAGGAGUAAGACGGCAGCGUAAAGUUCCAAUUAGUAGAUCUUGCUCUUGUGGAAGGAAAAUAUUGGAUUUGUAAGCUUGCUGCAGCCAUACUAUGCAUAUAUGCUAAAAUUCUGUUAUUAUGAUGUCUUUCUUUCUACAGCCGGGAAGUUCAGGAUUAUAUCCCAGGCCAAUUCUACAAAGUAGUGAAGCCCCAAUCUUGGCUAAAUAUGGUGAUGCAGCACAUGCAACAGAUCCAGCCACUCAGCCCCCACCAGGGACGGGCUCAGUUUUUAGGUAUAGAAAUUUAGAGACAUUCAUAUUUUGGCCAUGUACGGCUACCAGCACUAACCUGCAUGUUCUAGGUGGACAGAGCUGAUUGGUAAAACUUCUUUCCAUACAGGUCUUGUGAGCGCCUUCCCCAUGUUUGGAUCAUCUUUCUUCUAUGUUCAAAGCUGUAGCAACAACCUGGUUAUGUCCCCUUGUAUCUUGGCCGUCAACCAGAACGGGCUGAACUUCCUCAACAAAGAAACUCACGUACGUCUUGGUAGAUAGGGAUGUUGUGUAGGGCCAUAGAUUUGGAAAUUCUUUUAACUACCCCUAUAAAAAUAAUGAUUUCUUUUAAAUGAUUUUUGUUUGGGUGUAGGAGCUGGUGGUGACAUUCCCUCUGAAGGAGAUCCAGAGUACGAGAACCCAACGUCCCGCAUCCGGUUUUAGUUACCCUUAUGUAGACAUUACACAGGGAGACAUGAUGUCCCAUAGAGUAACACAGCUACAGCUGGAGCAGGUAUGGGAAAUAUGCAAAUGUCUAUGUUUUAUUCACUAUAAACCAAACUAUAGUGAAAGAAAUACCAAAUUACUAAUGUGCCAUUGAUUGAAAGGAAACCGCUGCAAUGCUAUCCUUUUUGGCUAAAGGAAAAUCAUGCCAUAACAAUUAGACAUGUGCAAUUCAUUUCGUUCCGAAUGCAAAUUCGGACGAAUUUCAGAAAUUCAGACAUUCAGAUGCUUCCGAAUGUCAAAAGUGCCUAAUUGCCGAAUUUUGGAAUGCCGAACUGAAUUGCCGAAGUGCUUUGGAUUUCUAAAAAAGUGGCAAAACAGGAGAGGGUUGGGGUAGGGUAAGCCUAACCCUAUUCCUAACCUUGCUCCCAACCCUACGCCUAACCCUACCCCUACUCCUAACCUAACCCUACCUCUAACCCUACCCUACCCCUAACCCUACCUCUAACCCUACCCUACCCCUAACCCUACCUCUAACCCUACCCUACCCCUAACCCUAUCUCUAACCCUAUCCUUAACCCUACCCUUAACCCUCCCCCUAACCCUACCCCUAACCUAACACUACCCUUAACCUUACCCGAAGUCCUGAAGUUCAGAAGUCCCGAACCAAAUAUUUUUCCCAUGCACAUCCCUAAUAACAAAGCAAUUUAUGCAUGAAAAUCAUAAAAUUAGUGCCCAACAAGGAGUGUAUUUUUGCAUCUUCACAUCUAUAAGAAUAAAAUUAGUUUAAUUGAACACUUUGAGUGCCAAAACCACUCCAGGUUAUUGUGUCGUUACAGUUAAUUUUGCCAGUCUUUGGGUGCAAUCUCUCAGUUUUUUGUCAGACUGUUUUCAAGCAGUAAUGAAGAAUUUCACUUUGUCAUUAUCAAUACCAAUAUGGAAAUCAUUGAUGGGCUCUAAGAACUGAUGGUGGCAUAGCUUUAUGCUAACAGACUAUCAUUACCAUAUAGAUAUGGUUGGAUAAUAUGGAUUUGAAAUUCUGCAUUAUCUUGGCGACAGGAGAGGACCCAGAUUAACUAAACUAGGAAAACCCUAAAUGUUAUUGAAUGUCUCGAAACGUUUCAUGAAAAUGUAUGGACCGCAGCCAAAGAUUCCCCGCACCAAAACCACGAAACUAUUCUGUAUAAGCACAAUAAUCUGUUGUGGUUAUGAUCCGAGAGUAUCUAAUGAAGGAAGAGGCAGCCAUCUUACAUGUAAAGAUGGCCGCUACUAUCACAUGUUAUAAAUAACGAAUGUAUAUGUUGAUUGCUAAAUGCUUUAAAAGUGACAUUGCUAAAUUCCCAUUCCACCUGAAUAAUUUGCCCCAUAUUCUGCACUUCUGGCAUUGAUAUUAGAGAUUAUAAUAGGAAAAGGAAGCUCUAACUGCAUUCUAUCUGCAAAAUCUUUCUUUCUUCUCUAUUUUCUGACUUCUUGCCUAUCGCUGUGGAUGUUUUGCCAGGCCAGAUAAUACGGGGUAUGUUAUCUGUCUUCUUUCAUAUUCCUGCUUAACAUUAUGUUACUAAUCCAUAUAAUCAGUACAAGGUGUAUAUGUUUGUCUGUUUCACCUAACACCUUAGUUACUCAAUCCGGAUACAUUAGUUAGAAAAGAACUAACAAAAUCAUUAAUUAACUGCAUACAGCGUAGCUAAAGGGUUCAAACAUCCAGGGAAACUGGAAAAUAAAAAAUGUACCAACUGCCCCAACUUGAUCAUCUAAGCUGACAUCACAGUGUCAAAAAAGUUAGAAUAGUAAUAUUGUUAAUAUACUGCUUUGGCACUCUGCCUAGUCCUUAGAAACCUCUUGCUUAUGUCCAAACUAGCCUGUGCUUUGACUGAUGGGGAUCAGUGGACAUAGAGUGAGCAGGGAGAGAAGACCUUUCUAUGACCCGCAUAGGGCUCUCAGCAACUCCACUACACCAGAACCACAUCACACCUCUCACCUUUACACCACCAUGUGCAUGGAGAAAGGAACUUGGUGAUGGGGUUCUUAAAGGACAACUGUCACAUCAAAACAUUUUUAACAGAAUAAUAAUUUCAUUAAGUUUUGAAAGGAAAUAGAUUUUUUUUUUUCAAAUUAAGUAUAUGUAAAAAAUAAUGAGAAAAGCCCUACCUGCAAUAUAUGACAGGAUCCUUCAGCCACAAGCACCUUGGUUCAGACAGUGUUUGAAAACUGAGACAGCUAGUCUCUAUGGUCUUCCCGGCUUCACUCCCUGCACAGAAACUUGAAAGACCAUAGAGACUAACUGUCAGUUUUCAAGCACUAUCUGGCCCAAGGUGCUUGCAUAUGGCUGAAUGCUUCUAUCAUAAACUAAAGGUGGGGAUGAGUUUUUCUCUGGGUUUGUUUUUACAUACACUUCAAUUGAAACAAAAAUCUAUUUCCUUUCAAAAUUUGAAACUCUUCUUUUUGGUAUAUGUGUAUUAUAUGUAACUUUUGAGUGAUUGUUGCUGGGUUACUGGUACACAAAAUUUCAGUUGUAUAUGCAAUGGGUUUUUUAAAAAUAUAUAUUUUUUUAAUUCUUUUAUUUUAAGUACUGUCCACUUUUUGGUUGUAAUUAUCAUAACAUUGUUGUUUAUGAUUACCUAAAGUUAUGAUGUGUACCCCCUAAAUUGAAUAGUUGAAGAAUUACAAUGCACAGUACGGGGCAUAUACGCCUUACAUAAAUCACAUAAAAUGUCUUCUCCUUUGUGUAUAGGGUCUGGAGCUCUGCAGAGUGGUCGCUGUUCACAUGGAGAAUCUCCUAGUGAAGUGUGAUAAACGCCUCACUCUCCCGCCCAGCGAAAUUACAUUACUCUGAGUUCUCCUCAGUUCCAGCCACCAAGUCACGUCAACCUCAAUGUGUGCAUAUUCCUGCACAUGAAUACAGCAAACUGCUCCAAGCACUUCAGUCACCAGCCGGGACGUCUUAACCCAUGCUUCAAUUAAAUCCACCAUGAAUAAUAAGCAAUUCUCUAUCAGGUCUGGGCGUAAUAAACCUGCUGACUAAUUGUGUUUGGUAAUUAGCAGAUAACAGACUCUCUGCAUACUUGAUGACUGCUCAUCACUCAGUAAUAGGCUAAGCUGGAACUCUGUCACACUUGGAUCAAUCAUGACCAGAUCAAUCACUCUCUAGAGCUUUGGUGGGCACUUGUACCCUUUACUUGCUAUUUGACUACAACUCCCAUCAAGCAUAUAUAGCGUGCUGCUGGGCAAUGGUGAAGGACUUGGAAAUUACCAACCAGCAAGCACAUCAGCUACCUCUUCCUACAGUGGACAUCAAUGCAAAGUAGGAGACGUCAUAGCUGACAGAACACUGGGGAGAUUUAUAAUGGAAAACAAAAUGGAGCAAUUACCAGGGAAACCCUAGAAUGUUUUUGUUAUAAAUGUUUUCUCCCUCUGGGAACUUUUCCCAACAUUUAUGAAAUCAGUGCUAUCAUAAAUAACCAUCAAUGACUAACUAAGAGUCACCCCACCAGGUCUAGCACCUAUACUGCAUUCUAGAUCAUGGGUUUAGAUUCAUGGGAUUAAAAUGGAAUAUCCCCUCCGUGUUUCCAAUCAGCAUAUCAUGUAAGAAGGUCAUUUGCACUAUGAGACCAGAAUACAAAAUAGGAUAUUUCACUGUAGUUUGCAUUGAACUUGGCAGCGUGACGUUUCAGCUUGAAUUCUGAUGGAAUCUUGGCAGAACCGCACGCUUCCACUGGACCGAGCAGUAACUCCGUGAGUGCAGGUGAAAACCCGAAUUCCCAUUGAGGUCAUCAAAUAACGUGUGCAUUGAAACUCAGCAAACCUGUAAUAGUGAGAAGAUAGAUAUUCUAAUUGUCUUCUUGAUGAAUGUUGUCAAAGUAUAGGCCUAUGUAUAUUAUAAGGCCCCAUCUUGCCCAGUUACAUUGUUAUUUAAACAGAUUUCUAGGUAUCUUUCUUAAUUUAACAGUUAAACAACACUAAUCUAACACAAAACCCCCCUAGUAUAUUUGUGUCCUCUACCUGUUUCAGGGGAGCCUUAUUAUUGCACUUUAUAGGCCGUUUUAAACAAACACACACGUAAAAACCAUUAAGUGGCAUUUUACGUGACUGAAUAGAUCAUAAAAUUGGAGGAUUUAACUGCUGCAAACAAGUGGGAGGACAGACGCUAUAGAUUCUAGAGAAAACCAACGCUGAUAUGUUUUUUUGAAUCACUGCUAUAUUGUGAACAAUAGAAAGUUAAUCCUAAUUUUCUAACCAAGUUAACUUAUCUGUACCUAAAAAUUUGUGUUUAUUUUGUAGAUUUUUUUUUUCCCGGUUAUAUCACUAGUUUUUAUAGUUUUGAC